AAUACUCAUUACAGGUAUCUUCACGCACACAGGCGCAUUUCUCGCUGGGUGGGAAUCCCCCUAAAAUGGAGGCAAUACAUGGGAAUGCACGUAGUACGGUGCACACUUUCGUUCUACUCCUCCCUUCUGCCCUCCCUCGUUUUACCUCGUCUCGUCUUCUGCCUAGCAGCAGCUAGCAAGCUCGCUUCACGCUUCCCCAUCGCUCGCUCCGUCGAAACGCCCCGCAGCCGCUGGUUACGAGGCUUUAAGCAGCAAGCCGCCUGAUCGAAUGUUCUCUCGGUUGAACGCGGCAACUUUAGCACGGAGAACAACUGAAGCGCGCGCGCCUCACAGCCAGUGUGACGUAGUUAUCAAAAUCUUUAUUUCGCUUUUAAUGUGACACGAGCUUCAGUCGCGCGCGCAGGACUUCAGCACAAACAGGCUGUCUGCACAGACAGGUUUUCCUGCUGUUAGUGGAAUUUUGUGAGGACCACCACAAAGCGGUGCGUUGAAAAAGGACGCAGGAACAGCAGGAGGAAUGAAGAAACGGUUCAAGUAAACAACGACUUGCAUCACCACAAAGUGCCUCAUCUGGAUGGUGCAGCAGCAGUCUGUGUCCGCACUUCCAUCUCGGCUAGUCUCCGCUUGGGAACGCUCUCUUCCUGGCUGACUCGAGUGUGUGCGUAUGGGCUAUAUUUCACCCUGACAGUCAAUCAGCCCAUUUCCCUGUUCCUCGACUCCAACUUUGCAUGCUUUCCAUUUCACCCUUUAAUGCAAGGACAUCAGUCGAUUAGGAAUAACUUUUGUUGGGUCUCCAUCCCUGCGACUCAGACAUGCGAGUUUAUUUAAAGACCGCUGCAACUGUGGCAACAGAGCACAGGUAUUUGGAUGCCUCAAAGUAGAGAAAGCCUGUUUUAUAUUAAUGCAAGAGGGCUAUUUUAAUCCCGCAACUUCGGAGGGCGAGUGUAGACAGCGUGGCGACCACUGCAGACGAACAGAAAGGGCCGUCCUGUGCUGGUUUUAAUGCCUCCGUUUCCUGGACAACAGCCGAAGAUGCACCACCGCAUGUCACAGUGACCUACCCCACCUCAGCUCUCCUAUAUCUCUCACUCCAUACUCGCAGCACGUACACCUGACUUUAAACUGAUCUUAUAUUCUAAUCAUAAUUCCCCUUGACUGGACAACAGACUAUGUCCUCUUUUUGUCCGUGAGAAAGUUAUCUUCUUGACAGGUAGUCUAAGAAUUGCCCCCUCCCUCCACCUAAUUUUUGCAUUUGUGCUUUAUCACGCCUGGCUCCCCCACCUCAGCCUACCACUCAACGAGGGACCGCCAUGGCCGUCAAUGUGACCAUGGGCCGUGACACCAAGUGGCUGACGCUGGAGGUGUGCAGAGAGUUUCAGCGAGGGGCCUGCUCGCGUUCGGACACCGAGUGCAAGUUUGCUCACCCCUCUCGCACCUGCCACGUGGAGAACGGCCGCGUCAUCGCCUGUUUUGACUCACUCAAGGGACGCUGUACACGUGAUAACUGCAAGUACCUGCAUCCCCCGCCUCAUCUGAAGACCCAGCUGGAGAUAAACGGCAGAAACAACCUAAUCCAACAGAAGACCGCGGCCGCCAUGCUGGCCCAGCAGAUGCAGUUUAUGUUGCCUGGAGCUCAGCUGCAGCCCAUCACCUCUUUUCCAGUAACGCAGUCAUUUGCCAACAGUCCGAGUGUGGCUUUCAGCCCGUACCUGAGUCACAUGAGCCCGGGUAUCAGCCUCAUGCCCGAGCUUCUGCCCAGUGCCCCCGUGCUGGUCCCGGGGAGCCCCACUGGCAUUGCCAUGGGCAACGGAAAUUCAACGCAGAAACAUGUUCGCACAGACAAGCUUGAGGUGUGUCGAGAAUUCCAGCGAGGAAACUGCACUCGCGGAGAGAACGACUGCCGCUAUGCCCAUCCGAUGGAGGCUGCUAUGGUGGACGGCAGCGAGAACUCGGUCAUUGUUUGCAUGGAUUACAUCAAGGGCCGCUGCACCCGCGACAAAUGCAAAUACUUUCAUCCCCCAGCUCACUUACAGGCCCGGAUAAAGGCGGCACAGCACCAGGCCAGCCAGAACGCUGCUGCAAUGGCUCUACCACCAGGAGCCAUGCAACAGCUACCAAAGAGACCCACCCUGGAGAAGACCAACGGCGCAGCUGCCGUCUUCAACCCCAGCAUGUUUCACUACCAGCAGGCUUUGGCCAGCAUGCAGCUGCAACAGCCAGCAUUCAUUCCCACAGGCUCCGUCUUCUGCAUGGCUCCAUCUGGAGGUAUUGGCCUUUUCAAACCCCCUGGCCCCAUGACAGAGGGCCGCUGGGAGAGGCGGGACUGGAGCAGCUGCAGGGCCCCCCAAAGUCGUUACCUGUCAGGGCCUGGACAUGCUGUUCCCAUGAUGCACGGUGCCACCACUUCCACUGUUUCGUCGGCUACGACCCCAGUCACCAAUGUUCCUUUUGCUGAAUCAGCCACCUCCAACCAGACGCCACCGAGGUACUGAGUGCCGACCCGAUCGACCUCCAGUGCGUUCCCAUGGAGCCCCAUUUCUGCCCAGUUCCUAAACUCCUGGUUGCCGCACCCAUGACGCUGAAUCCAGGAAGCCUCUCCCGCAAUCCCAGUUAAGACAUCAACAACCUAAUCAGGCCCAUCACUCAUGCAACAUGUGCCCAAACACAGCAGAAAAAUGAAUGCAACAAACGUGUGCCUAAUCAGUUCGUCCUUAACGGGCAAUAUAUUCAUCUCCAUAUCAGACACGCCCACUUCAUUCGAAGUCAGCAGGGGUUUGUUGAUCUAUUGAAACAGGCAAUACUUAAGCUCGGACCUACAACUGUUUAAGGAAGCAUGCCAUUUCGAUGCAAGGGGAUGCAAGGAGCCUCUAGAUGCUAAAUCAAAAGACAGAGCGCUCUUAUAACUCACAGCCAUACAAAUACAUGCAAACCAAUUAAUUGAAAAGAAUGAAUUCUGAGGAGGUGAACAUUAGAUCUUGCUUAUUUGAUGUGCGGUAAGCAAACCAUCAGGCGUUUCUCUGUCAUUGAAUGUGAUAACUGGGUAUCCAGAGCCCAUUGCAAAGACAGUGUUUAAGAGUCGCAUCUAAUGAUAUUUUAGAUAGUGGUGAUGGUUCUUUAAUUUCGUUCACAUUUAAUUCUAAUUAAUAUACGUGGCACGUUUAAUUUCAUGUUUACAUUUCAAAAUUAAGAAUGAAAAUAAUGUUAUUUGAAAAUGUAUGUUUUUGUAAGAUAACCUCUUCAUGAUACUGACUUAGGGUUUUUAGUUAGAUUUCAAAAUGUGGUUGUCUGUGCCUUUGAGUUACAAGUGUGUGAAAAUCUGCUCUUUUUUUUCCUCCAAUACUUCUGAAUUUACCCGACUAACAUUUUAUUCUAGACUCAGAAGGUAUAACCGUGUAGCCUUUCACAAUCAACAUCGUUCCUCUGUCUAUCUAUAAUAUGCGUUGCUAUUAAGUUACUUCCUUUAUCCUGGUCUAAUAGAAGAGUAUUAUUUAUUUAACCGCUGUCCGGUGGACCAAUACAGCUCUACUGAGAUAAGUGUUAUUAUAGAGACCUGAAGUAUCUCACCUCACAUUUCAAGCACCAAAUCAAGACAGUUUGAUAGGUUGAUACACGUCCUCAUACCUCCAUUAUUAAAGUAGAACUGCCUUAAGCAGACAAAAUAUGAGCACUUCUUGCUGUAUGUCGUGAUGCACCCUAAACAAAGGGUCUGAUUGCAGGUCUUCUGAUGUAUUUGAUGUCUCGUUGACGAAAGAUUGAUGUGAGAGAUUUUAAACUGGACUUUUUUAUUGCAGCUGGAUCCCUUUAGUCAAAAAUGGCCGUGCAAAUACCCCUUAACUAUACAUACUGUCGAAAUUAUGCAAAUUUGUUCGGUUUCAACAUUAGCAUACAUUAUGUUAUUUAUUAUUUUGGUUAUUAUGUAAAUCUCGCAAAACAUGCCUUUCAAGCCAAUAUUUAAAGAAAACUCAUUUGUUUGAAGAAAAUGAAACCUAAGUGAGCAUUAAAGGUCACCUAAUAAGAGAAAUUCACUUUUAUGUUGUGCGAACAUAAUUUAAUAACAAAAAUCUGCCCACUCCUUUUUUCUAAAUCCCUGUUAAACCUCAACAGCUGUUCAACAGCAGGGACAAGCUGUUUUCUCAGCAAAUUGAUGUCACUUUGCACAGGCCCCGCCCACAACCAUAGAUAAAGACAACAGUUAGGCCAUCAUUUUUUUUUUAAAUCUUCAUUACAUAAUUAAUUACAGCACUUUCAUUAUAAAAAUAAAUAUGGGAAUUGUCUUAUUAAAACCUCUGGGGUUUUUUUGGUAAAGAAAACAGUAAACAGGGAGGAAAGCAGCAGCUCAUUUGGGUGAUUCUCAUGAAAUUAGACUUAUGAGGUGUCAUGAAACAAAAUUUCGAUAAAAAAGUAAAUGCAAAGUAAGAGUUUCCUAAUAAGAUGCAUACAGUUACAAACAUCUGUACUAUUUUGCACAUGAUUUCAAAUGACAUCAUACAAACCAAUUUUAUUGUUUUUUCAACAAAAACUAAACAUUUUCAUUUGCGCAACAUGUCCAGGACCAUUACUGGAUUUGGGUUCUUUGACAUGGAAAUAUUUAUAAUAAAAAAAUCUAAAAAAUAAAAACUUCAGUGCAUGUUAUACUAUAAACAUUUACAGUAAAGAAACAUGUGGUAUUUGGUGAUCAUUGGUAAAUGUAGAGACAAUAAUAAGGAAUAUAAAUGUGUCCAAGACCAAUUUUCUCAUCCUCAUUUUCAAAAAAAAAAAAAAACUAUUGUUGGAAGGGACAUAAAUGACUGUGACACUCAAGACAGCUACCAGAUAAGCAGUUCUUAUUUUUUUCUCUCCAGAUAAAAGUUGAAAUUUUGUUGUUCUCAUUACCGAAACAUGAGUUUGUAAAUGCAUAUAUUUAAUGUAAUAUCAUGUUGCGGUAAUGAUAAUUUUUGUAAAUGAUAAUCUAAAAAAUGUAAAUAAUUCUGUAGGAAAUAUUUUUUAAAUCCUCUAAAAAAUUAUUGUUAUGUAAGUUCAGACCUUAAUCUUACAUGUGCAAAAAAAUGGCUUUAAGGGUUCUUUAAAAAUUCUAAUGCUGGACACCUUCUAAAUCUGGAUUUUGUGAGAAACACCCAUUUGCAUUUAAAGAGACACACACACAAAAGCAGCACAUUUCAUCAUGGUAUAAUAAAUUAUCUAUAGGGUGUUUAGACCAAAAUCUUCACAGGCACAUUAUGGGGACACCUGAGACUAAUAAUACAUUUUGAAAAAUUGCCAUAUUAGGUGACCUUUAAGUAGGUUUUUUUUUUUGCAUUGUGACUUUUCAUGACAACUUGUUAUUCAAAUUCUCCCGUAAUCUGUAAAAUCUUUUUCAAAAAGCUUUAGGAAAUCUAUAUAAAAUUGACCAAACUUAAUUUAUUAAUAUUUAUAUUAUAUAAUAUAUUAUAUUUAUAUCCCUAUCGCUGUAUUUGCCCUGACACUCAGACCAUCAAAUGAUAUGUAGGCCCGAUGCAUUACAGUAAAAUUUAAGGGCCGAUUGUGUCUGAUUGUCAUGAAAAUGAUGUCACAUCUAUUAUUUCUUUUGAUUUUAAGGAUGAAAUAUGACCCAGACAUUAUUCAUAUUCUAUUACCUUGUGUAACUCAAACCCUUUCUGAUGGCUAGACGGUCUCUGCCAAAGCCCUUGUCCUGCCCUACCUGCUGUGUGACAGUCUGUUCGUCUCCACUUGUUUAGCCAUAUUUUUUUCGUCAGUUUGCACCAUAUCAUCAAGCUCUUUGUUUUCAACAUCAGUUAGUUGCCAAAAUGAAUCUUAAACAGUUCUUGCUGAUGAUUAGUCACUCGUGCACACGCAUUAAAAGCAGACUUCCUCACAUAUGUUUCAUUUCCGAUCAGUCGAGAAUGUUCAUCAUCAAAAUUACAAAGAGGAGAAAUGCAGACACAGACAAGUGCACUGAUUUUGUGCCAUUUGACUUUCAGGCAUAGGUCAUUCUGGAGAACGUUUAGGAUGUUCGAUGAGGCCUUGACGCGCCAAGGUCACGCGCCAGAUGGAUUUGAAUUGCAAUAUUGUUUUCCCGCGGGAGCUAGUGUGUCCACCCGAGCAACAAAUGUAAACCCAUUAGAGCAAGCUGUUAUCUUGUGCUUUCUUUUGAAACAUCUCAGUUAUUGCUACCUUUCAUUAAGCAAGUUCUGUAGUUGAGACAUUGGAUAAUGAUUUUGAACAGCUGUUUUUAUUAAUGCACCAGUAAUACCCGCUUAGAGUUCUAGUCUUUGCCAACAAGAGCAUGUAUGAGACUAUUGCUUAAAUAAAUAAUCGAAUCGUUAAAACGCGAGUAAGAUAAAACAACUAUGACAUCAUCAGACAGAGUUUACACCAAGGCCUGCAAUCCAUUGGACGACUUUGCCCAUUUUGACCUGGAGGAUUCAAUUUUAAAUAUUUAAGUUUGACUAUUUGUUCGUUUGUGUUUAUGAAACGUGUCCGUGUAGAGCUUAGAACAGGUUUAAAUCACUGAUUGUGUCCUUAUUUUUAAAAGUCGGCAGACUCUAAAAUGCAAGGGCGAAGAUGCGAAAUCGGAAUGCGGUUCCGAUCCGGACCGUGAGCUGAAAGCCAUGACUCUCGAGAAACGUUACAGUUAGAGAUAAAGGAAAUGAAAUUGCUUAAUUUAGACUGGGUACUUUCGAAAAGGCCCUCAUCAGCCAAAGGUUCAUUUACAAGACAUUAUUGCUCCUCACGGGAGCUUUACAUGCAUUUAUGAAUGUGACAUUUAAGACGGCGAAUGUCACGAGAGGUUUUGGAUGCCUGUCUCGCUAUAUCUCUCGAAUGAAACUACAACCUUUUUCAACAUAUCAAGGGAGUGAAAGCCGACCAAUGCCAUCCACUGUUGAUGUAUAAAACAGACAAAAAAAAUGACGACCCUUCUCUUAACUGUUGUUUUUCUUUGGGACAGCUGUUGCUGUUGUUGUACUGUUUCAGCAGCAUAGCCCCAAGAGAGAGCCAUAAAGAUGCUUGUUUUGCGAUAACCUGAUCUAAAAACAUUAUUGUCUUCUGUUCAGCUAGUUUAGCGGUGGUCAGCAGCACACACUGUCUAGGCCAAACCCAAAUUAAAUUACAUCAUACGAUGGUGGUAUAAAACUUGAAAGACUUGGUGGUCAAUAGAAAAACCAGAGAAAGAUGAUGCUACACUGAGUUCUAACUGAAAUAUGUGUAUUGUAUACAUCGCUGUAUAAUGUUCAUGUGUUUUAAGAUUAUUUUAGGAAAUACUGGGGCAAAUGUGUGUGGAUUUAUUUAGGAGAGAUCUCUAUUGUUUAUUGAUGUGUUGAAGUGUGUUUUGUAAUUAACCCAUUGCCCAGCCAAGGUGUAGAACCUCUUUCUCUUUGUCUGUAUCACUCUCUCUCUCUCUCUCUCUUUCUCUCUCUCUCUUUCAUAUAAAGAAUUAUGCCUUCUCCAACUGCAAUCCAGCUGGAAUCAAACUAAAUACUUGAUAAAGAAAAAACAAUGUGCCUCAUCCGGGGCUUUAGCAUUUUAAGAACUCACUUUUUAAGAAGUGUGCAUAUCUGCAUAAUGUAGUUAGCUAGAAUAAUCUCUGUGUACGUAUUACAAAUGCAUCUUCAUUAUAGUUUUCCAUUAAUGCCCUUCGUAAUGGUACCUGUUUUGAAUAUAUCCUCAUGAAUUAAGUCAUGUUUCGGUGUGUUUUGAGACAGCUGUCAGUGUUAGGCUGUUUAGUUUCAGUUCGAUCAUUAUCGUUACUCGGUUACUUACAUCGUACGAGUCUCAUCGCAUGAAUUUAAAAUAAUCUGAAUAAUCAUAGUUUGUGCAGUUAGUGGUUUAAGAUUUAAAAAUUACUUAAUCUAUAUAUCUAUAUAUCUAUAUACACAUUUGUAUGUAUUACAAUGAUAGAUUCAUUGUUACCUAUGAAAGUAAGUUCUUGUUGCUAUGGCAACAAAACUACAACAUGGCUACCUUUGUAUAUCUUAAUUGUGAAUUUUUUCACACUUAACGUGAAAUAAUGUACAACGUUAACUUAUUCAGAAAGGGAAUGUGUUAUUAAGUUGUCUUGGAAAAGAGAUGAUUGCCUAUUUUGUAAAAAAAUUAUAUGCAUACACAUAAAUAUAUAUAUUCGUGAGAAAGGCCCUUUGGAGACAUCAUCAUCAGUUAUUUCUGUUGUAAUGAUUAUUAUUUUCUUUUGGGGUUGUUGAUGACUUUUAAAUAAGUAUUGGGUCUUUUACGUAAGCAGCAUCUGAUUGAUGGCUCAAUUGAAAUGAAUAAGGUUAAAUUAUUUUAUUUACUUACAAAGGGAGCACCGUUGCACUGGAGAGGGCUAGUGAUGCAUUGGCAGUGGUGGAUUUCAAAAACAAAAGGAUUGUAAAGAGCCAGCUUUUAUAAAUAACGCAACCCGUGAUGUCACAAACAAAGGACAGUAUCAGCCAUAGUGAGCGCCUAUGGAGCCGCAGCCCCCAAAAUCAAGUUCUGAUCCCCCGCCCACCCAGACUGCACCCAGCUGUGCUGGGAACUGGUGUACGAAGUCACCCCAUUGGUGUACGAAUGUGUGUUAUUCACCUUGUUUGCACUUAUGUACAUAACUAAGUCAAAAUAUUCAGAAUUUAUUUUGAAUAUACAUAGAUGAAUAAAUAAAUAUAUAUAUAUAUGUAGAAGAGCAGAUUCAAAUCAAGUGACUGUAUUGUUUCGGAAUGCAGGUAAACAGUAAUCUUUAUAAAGGGUUAUCAUAAAGAGAUAGAUGCUGUUUUGGGGUGUCAAGGAAUAUGUUGUUUGUUUUGUUUGCUAAUGCCCUCGUUCUCAUCAUAAAGCAUGAUGUUGCUUGCUGACAAAGGGAGAAACAAUGAUGUCAAAAAAGCCUUUGUAGUUUUGCAUAGCUUACAAAAGCGCAUUGAGCUUAGCACUGUGCCUGCUCAUAUCUGAUCCUGAAGUUUGGUUGUGCAGGAGACGUAGAGACAUACCACUAACUUUAUGAUAUGUAUUAUUAUAUAUGUGUCUUCCUCUCCUAGCUGUGCAUAGAAGAUUGCGUCCAGAAACCAAAGAAUGGUUAACUUGUUUUACCUCUUUACAUUUUGUAAAUGCUUCAUGAAUUUGUUUUCUGUCCCAUGAAAUGCAUUGGUUUAAUAGAAAAUGGGUGGGGGGUAAAAUAUAAUAUAACCGCAUGCGGGGACAUUCAAAACAGAACCGAUCUACCACGAGUGAUAGCCUGUAAGCUUCAGGAUCAGAUUUUUUUGCAGGAAAGCAUUGCUACAGGUUAAACAAAAAUGAAUUUUGGUUUGUUUGGUUUGGUUCAGUUGUCGAUGAUCAUUUUCCACUUUUGUGCACUCACCAAGAACAACAAAUAUAUCUGGAAAUCUCACAGGAUCAAAAUCAAGGUUGCUUUAAAAUCAGAUGUGAAAUCACCAGACAAAACCCUCUGUUAAAGAAAACUUGUACAUUCUGUGCUCUACAAUUGCUUUGGAAGCCGAUAAUUUUGUUGCCAUGGCACUUGCCCUUAUAGUGAGGGAGAGACUGAGUCUUUGUAGGUUCUUGCAUAUAGACGCACCUUUGGACCAACUGAAUAUGGUCCUCAGCCUUUUGACUGUAGAGCUGAGGUAGCACUUAGAUCUUAGAUUUAGAACUAAGCGUCCCGUCUUGCAUACCGAAUCUGAAUGCAAACACAGGACGCUCCUUUAACCACUGUGCUUGACUAAAUCAAACGACACUCUUCUGCUAUCCAUUUUCCUGUGCCUAAACAUUCUGUGUGAUGAGGUUUUAAAGAAAGCCAUUAACUUCCACCUAACUGUGCCCGUCAUUCAGUCACUCCAUUUUCAUAUCCGUGACUGGAACGCUAACAUCGGUGGUUAUGGUGUUAAUGUAUGGAUAUCACUGAGACCGAAACGUCACAUGGAUAUUGUACAAAGUUGUAUAGUUUCAAAAAAUAAACCACUCAUGCAGAGGUCAAGUCCCUUUAAAGGCAUCAGUAGAUGUUUGGUGGCAAACCGCUGAUGCCUGCAUAAAUGCUGUUGUGUGUGUGAAACAGUUCAAAGAAUGUCUACAUUGUUUCAAAGCCAUAUGUACCAGAUUCCUCUCUCUCCCACUGUAGGACAAGGAAAACCGAAUGCUUUGACUCUUUAUAUGAAAUGCUUCUCUUUCUAUUUAGCUUAUUGUGCUUGUAUGUGCUCAAGAACUGUGCUUCUUGUCAAUCCCUUUGCGAUAUAUAAAUGUAUGGAAUAUACACAUAAGACUUCUGUUCUUUUUGUUUGACAUUUUAAUAAAGCACUUAAAAGGCCA